UUUUUUUUGUAUUAUUAUUAUUACUUGUGUUCUUUUCUUUGACACCACGUGGUUAUUUUGGAAGACAAUGCCUUCCAAUCAUAUUUGAAAUACCGCUACUUUAGGUCGUUUCUCUUUUUCUCUUACUUCAUGACUGAAUCCACACUUCAUACUUCUUAUCUUCAAUCAGAAUAUCUUGUUUCUGGUCGUAGUAGAAACUUUUAUAAAUUUAUUAAAAAAGUUACCUCAGCAAAAACAAAAGCCGAAGAAUAUGACCUUGUUAAUAAUGAAUUAUAUAUUUUAUCAAAAAAAAUGGGUGAACCUGAUGUUACUUCGACUGAUAUGAAUGAAUAUUUGAUUGAACUUAUUCAUUGUUCUCUUCUUGGUUAUAAUGUGGAUAUGGGACUAAUAUAUGCUAUUAUGACAACUCAAAGUGGAGAUACUCCAGCUCAAAGACGCGUGGGUUACUUGGUUUGUACUUUAUUGUUAAACAAACAGCAUGAUCUCGGUAUAAUGCUUAUCAAUACACUUCAAAGGGAUUUAAAAAGUACAAAUUAUUUGGAUAAUUGUGCAGCUUUAAAUGCAAUAUGUUAUAUGGAUCAUUUGGAAAUGGCUGAUCAUCUUUUGGAACCUACUAUGAAAACUAUGGAAUCAUCUAAGCAAGUAGUACGGAAAAAAGGCGUUUACGCGCUCUACUGGUUUUAUCGUCGAUCACCAAAUCUAUUGGGUCAAGUGGAACCUUUAUUAAAAGCGGCUUUGCUGGAUAAAGAUAUUAGUGUUGUUUUUGCUGCUCUUGAAAUAUGGAAAGCAAUCUUGUUGGAAAAAGUUGAAUUAUAUCAAGAUUUAUUACCAAGGUUUCUACAAAUCCAUCAACAAAUCUUGAAUAAACAUGUUCAAACUGGAUUUAUAUAUCAUGGUGUACUUGCUCCAUGGGCUCAAAUCACUUGUUUACAAAUCUAUGAUAUUUAUCUUAAGCAUAAUAUUGGGUCACAAAAAGAAUUAUUCGACUUUGUGAUGAAAUGCUUAUCCGCGGUGGAAAAUAAAGUAGAUGCUGCUUAUGCUAUUAUCUUUGAAUGUAUGAAACUACUCUCUUCCAUGGAUACUGUUUUACUAUCAAAUCUUAUUUGUAACAAUGAUGAUAAUCCUUUUUAUAUUUUGGAUCCAUUUUUAAAGGCCAAAAACCAUACAAUGAAUUAUUUGGGUUUGACUGCUUUGACUCGACUGGAAUCCAUUGAAUUAUGGCAUGAUGAUUGGAAAGACGGAUUUUUAGUGAUAAAUAUUAUAUUAUCAUGUGUAGAUGACGUUGUUGUAAUAUCCAAGGCGCUUGCCGUAUUAGAUAUUUGUGUCACCACGGAACAAACUCUUUAUCUUAUCCAUGAAAAUAUGAUGCAAUCUAUUCGACAAAGUACUGAAGACAUCACCAUUCUUUCUCUCUCUCAAUGGUUUCUCAAUCAAAUGGACAAAUACAAGGACAAUAUGAAUGAAUGGUGGAUAAAAACAAUGAUCAUGACUCUGGCCAUAACUAGAAAUACUUUGGAGGAUGAUGAUAUGGAAACUCGAUGUGCAACAAUGAAACAAAUUUUAUUGGAUGAUAUGAAUGACACAAAGUUACGAACAACUGCAGUAGAUAGCAUGUGCACCUUAUUGACAAGUCGAUCCCAAAAUGAUGAUCUUUCGCCCUAUUUGGUACAAUUUGCGUUUUGGACAUUAGGUGAAUAUGCUUACCUUUCGACGGAAGAUACGGAAAUCAAAAUCAUGGAACAAUUACAGAAACAUAUCAUGUUGGUUCAAGAUCCUUGGUUACAAGUAUGUGGUUUACAGGCUGUGAAACGAUGUGUCAUACGAUCCAAAUGUUAUCUAUCAAGUUUGGAAUCCAUUCUGAAGACCGAUUUUUUACACUCAGUUAUCAGUGAAAAACGAGAGAUUGCACGUGAGAUGUUGAUGCUUUUGAAGGACAUGGAAUUUGUCAAGAACAUACAAACGCGUCCGAAUAUACCUUUAAAUGACAAGUCUAUUGGAAAAAAAUUAUCUCAAAAACAAGAAAUUCAAUCAGAUGACGAUAUUCAACAAGAAGAGGAAUCAUUCUCCGAUUUCCAGGCACAAUCAAAUCCAUAUCGAGGCAAAAAGUGGUCCGAGCGUACUGACGAUCAGAAGAAGAAGAAAUGGUCCAUGAGCUCUUUGUAUGAAAAGAAAGAGGAUCAAAGUAUAGAGACAUCGAUGAUCUCUAGUCUGAUUGAUAUGGAAAUAAAGGAUCAACAAGAUGGAAAUGACACGAUAAUGACAACGGAUGAAUUUGGCUCAUUUUGGUUAUCUUGUCAACAUGAACAUAAAUGUCAACUCAAGGCACCUUCUUCUUCUCAUUAUCAUCAAUUUUUCCAACAAGAAGACGACGAUAGAACAAGGAUCAUUCGAUGGUUACAAGAUCAAUGGCGAUUUAAUGUGGUAGAUACUGUUCAACAGGAAUGUUUGGCUUAUAAAGCAUUAGAACAAGAUCUUGUAUUGAUUCAUUUGAAAUUGGAUUUACCCUUUAUAUAUGUUACUCUACGCAGUUUGUCUCCAUCCACUCUAUACCAAUUUACGCAGUUAUAUCACUUGUAGUAUACAUUCGUAGUUUACCCAAACAUUUUGAAAAUAAACAAUAAUAAUAAUAAUAAAAA